AUGUAUCAUGAAGCCUACCACCAGGAAGCCCAAAGACGACAGCGCGUGAUCGAAAGGAAACAUCUUGCUUUGGAACGCCUCAAAGAACGAUACACACGACAAGUGAGUCUAAAUUUCACUUUACGAUUUCGGGGUCAGGUAAUUUUGUUCAUUGUAAAAAGCAAAAUUUUUUUUUCAGUUUGAAGACAACUUAGGGGAUGCCAUUUUAUUUAGCAGAGAUGUUAUUCUGUUUACCAGAUUUGGUCUUAAAUGUUACGCAACAGCAAACAAAAGUUCCAUUUUAAAAAUGUCAAUGUUUACCAAAUCCAAACAAGGCUGAGAAAUAAUGGGCCAAACUGGAAUAAAUUGCACAGAAGCUGUAAAAGAAGGAAACUAACUUUAAGAAAUACCGUUACUUGUCCAAGCACAGAAUUCAGCUUUCUCAAAAUCACGUUCCAGCCGCAAACUUAAAUUGCAAGGAAAUCAUACUAUCAACAUCCCGUAUCUAAGACGACAGCGCCAAAUUGAUUGGUAAAGGAGAGUUAAUUGACAUUACCAAGUUGAUAAGUACGCCGAACAGAAAUCCCACCACCGUUCUGAAAGAAUAUAUACGGAUUCAGAAAUAUCGAUCGAGCGUUUGAAAGAGAAUCCUCUUUUUUUAAGUUGCAGGAUCUGGGCAAGAAACAGAAGUCGAGAAAGAACCAGACAGAAGACGACGAAAUUACUGGAACUAGGGCCGGGACCCGCGGAAGCAAGCGUGAGGACACACGCGCAGCUACUCGCGAGAUACACUCACGCGACGCUCUGUGGCUUCCAGAUAUUUGCCAAACCACUACAGGCAGGACAUACUACCAACUUAUUCACCCAAAACCAAAGCCGCUGCACCAAUGGCGCGAUUUGAAGAACCGCAUAAGGCAUGACUAUAAUCUGGUACCCCUCCCAUACAAGAACGAGCACAUAGUGAAAAGAUAG